CCACAUGCAUAAUCAUGUAGUUUCAUUCACAUAAGCCUAAUCACCUUGGCUAAUCACAUGCUUAAACUCUUUUAAACAUCAUUAUGAAUACUUAUAACAUUCAUUUAGGUAAUCUCAUACUUAACCCAAGAGUUAUAAGACAUUAAUCCGUCCACUCACCUCAAAUGAGUGUUAUGAAGUUCUACCCUUCCCGGUUGAACUCCGAUGAAACUCCGGCAAACUUUGAUGAACUCCGGCGACAACUCCGGUAACUCUUUCAACUUCGUGAAAGUUCUUAAAUCACCCUUUACAAGUUCCUUAAUCUUUCACACUUUUCUUCACUUUUUCCUCCUUAAAAUCCCUUCUUUGGACUCCUUAAGCUUGAGCUUCGAAUUUGGCUAUGGGAAUGGAGUUGUAGAGCUCUCCCUUCUUUCCUUGGGUGGUUCUGGUCGAGAAUGGUGGAUGGGAGAGGGGUGUGCCUUCCCUUUUUGUCUCUUUGAGCUAUUAUGGGUGAGAGGGUCCCUUUGGAUGUCAAAGGUGUUCCCCCCAUCCUCUCAAGAGCUCUCAGCCAAU